AUGCGGCGAACUGCUGCGGCUUUGGUCCAUGUGGCCCCAGUCAUUGUGUGGAGCAGGAUCGAGAAAGACCAAUCCGUCUUCUGUCAAGACUUCACGAGCUUCCACCGCCUCAGGGCUACGGCAAGCCCAGAGAGUGAGAAGAGGAAGCUGUCACAGCGCUUGAUAAAGCACACGGACUUUGUGUACCGCUGCUUAAGCCACGGUCAGCUGGAAGACUUCUACUCCCUCGGCAAGGAGCUAGGUUUCGGCUCCUUUGGCACCAUUUACUUGGCUCAGCAUAAGAUGCUGGGGCCCGGCUUUGCUUUUGCAGUCAAGAAGAUCCGCAAGUCUGAGAAUGAUGAAAAGUUGCAAGAGCUUCUCAUGAACGAGAUUCAUGCCUUGAUGGACCUAGACCAUCCCAAUGUGGUCAAGCUGCUCAGGUACUUCGAUGAGGGCAGCUACAUGUACCUCGUUUUCGAACUUUGUCAAGGUCCAGAUCUGCAAACACGGCUUGAGAACGAGGGCCGGGUCGAGGAGAAGGAGGCGGCAAACACCAUGCGGCAAAUGCUGGCCGCUCUAAAAUGCUGCCACGAGCACUACAUUGGGCACUUUGAUGUGAAGCCGGAGAAUUUCAUCUACCGCAGCACCGAUAUGACUAGGCUGAAGAUGAUCGACCUGGGCCUCGCGACCCGGUUCAAACGAAGUCGGAAGGAGAUCCGAGGAACAAGCGCAUACAUGGCGCCAGAGAUGUGGGAUGGCUUCUUCGGACCAGAAGCUGACAGCUGGGGCUGCGGUGCCGUUUUCUUCAACCUGCUCACAGGCAAGUCCUUCUUUCCGCCAACGAUGGGGGAUGAUGACAUAAAGAUCCUCGCAAAAGACCGGAAGUGGGUGCGGAACAGGCGAGCUGCUCAUAGGAAUUCGGAACGAGAAGAGCCAGGACUUGUCCUCAACACUCACAGGCAUAGCAUGCAUAUGCUGUUUGCAUGUAUUUGUUUUAAUUAUCGCUGA